AUGUCUUCAGUGGAGGCUCAGACUAUUGUCCCUGCCCCUUGGGCUGAUGCCAAGGGCAUUGACAUGAACAGCAAUGCUUUGCCUGAAGGCUUUCCCGCCAUGAUCCAUGGUGAUUCUGCCUGGACUGCCACCAAUUUCUCCAACAACAAUGAGUAUAUCUAUCACCUGAGUGCUGCAGAGGUCUCUGAGGUCAAGCAGGGCCUUGAUGGCUUCAAGAAGCUGGGUCUCAAUGCCACAAAAAUCACAGACAAGACCUUCUCACUGCCCACCUUGGGUAUCACUCUUCAUGACCUGAGCAAGGAAGUCCACAAUGGCCGUGGAUUUGCUGUCCUGCGAGGCCUCAAUACUGAAGACUUCUCUUCUGGCGACCUGACGAUGAUCUUCAUGGGCAUCAGUGCCUACAUUGGGGACAAGAUUGGACGCCAAGACAGGGCUGGAAACUGCCUGGUGCACAUUAUUGCCGACAAGGCCAAUGGCACUCAUCAUCGCCACUCUACCGAUCCAAUUAAGUUUCACACUGAGGAGAGCGGCGACUGUAUCGCUUGGUUGACGCGAAACGUUGCUCUUGACGGCGGAAAGUGUGUCAUCUCUUCGACGGCCACAAUCUACAACGUCCUUGCCGCUACUCGACCGGACCUGCUCCGCAUCGUAGCUGCCGGUAAUUGGCCCUUCGCCUUCCCUCGCUACCAGUGCCGUCCGGUCAUGUUCAACCAGGGUGGCAAGGUCCUCUUCAAUUUUGGCCGCGCUCCCCUUCUCGGAUCAUCCAUCCACCCCCGCAAGGCUCACCUGCCUACCCUGACCGCUCAGCAGGUUGAGGCCCUUGAUGCUAUCGAAGCCAUCGCUCGUGCCACUGAGUUUUCCUUCGCCACCCAGCCAGGAGACAUUCACUUCAUUGCUAAUCAGACUGUCCUCCAUCGUCGAGAUGGCUUUACGGAUGGCCAGGGGCAGCGCCGACACCUGGUCCGCCUUCGUCUCAGCAGCUCUGCCUACGGCGCCAAGAUUCCAGCCCUGAGUCGUGAGUGGAACGAUGCCUUUGGAGAAGUUGGUGAUCGUGUCUUCCACUUUGAUCCCAUGCCUUCCCAGUUCUUCCCUCUUCGCAAGUACCCCAACUGA